AUGGCCGAAAAAACCGAAAAUUUUGACAAGACAAUCACUGACAUCUUCAACAAAGAUGACAUAGAUGUUCCUAUUAGCAUCUUCAAAGUCCCCAACUCCAUAACUUCUUCCAAACCAGAAGCUUAUGCCCCUCAAUUAGUAGGCUUAGGGCCUGUCCAUCACUUGAGGCAUGAGCUCCAAAACAUGCAAAUGUACAAGGUUGUGGAGGCCAAAAGGAUUCACAAGGGAUUUCAAAGCCUUGACUUUGAGAAACUCGUCGAGUUUCUUAAGCAGAUAGCGGUCCCAUCGGUUCGUGCCUCUUACAACAUCUACUUGGAUAUGGAAGAUGAAGUUUUGGCGUGUGUAAUGGCCGUUGAUGGCUUGUUUCUGUUUGGUUUGCUUUGCUGCUGCGGAAUCAACAUGGAAGCUCUUGCCAAUUCCAGCUCUCUGUGUCACUUAGUUAACUUUGUUGGAAGGAUAUUGGCUCAGGAAACUGCCAUUCAAGAAGCCAUGAUGCUCGAGAAUCAAAUUCCUAUAUUUGUUCUGAAAGUUAUCUUGAUCGCAGAAUGCUCGCAAGUCUCACACCGGAAUGAGAUUGUAAGUAAUCUUUUCCCAAAAAUCUUGUUUGGAUUUUGUGAAUUCUUCUCACCAUUUAAAAUAGUGGAGAAUUAUCCUCUCUACAAGGCCAUAAAACGUGCCCAUUUGUUGGAUCUUCUUUACCAUUUGGUCACUCUCAAGCACUCGUCUGAAUGGAAUUCUAAAGAAGAAGAAGAGGAGUUGAGGUCAAUAGAAGAACUAUAUAAGAAAGUAAGAUCUGAAAUCCUGGUUCCAGUAAUAUUUCCAAUGUGCAUGAAAACCGCAGUGAUCAGUGAUCAAAUCGUUGACUUAGUAAAGGAGAUAGCACCACCAGAACUUCAAAAACCCAUUGAGCUUGUUCAAGGUUUACUUGAACUACCAUGGUCAGACCUCAUGUCAAGUAUACCUUUAGCUGCAAAAGAAGAAGUGCCUGCCAAGGAAAUUUCGUUUCCGAGAGCGUCGGAACUAAAUAAAUCUGGAGUGAAAUUCUUCGUGGCUGAUCACAUCACAACCAUCAGGUUUGAUCCAAACACAGUCUCCUUUCAUCUUCCAUUCACCAGGCUAAAUGUCAACUUUGAGGUUGUACUUAGAAACUUGGGUGCGUAUGAGGCCAUGGUCAAGUCUGAGAAAGAACCAUUGAUUCUAAAUGGGUUUGUUGAAUUGAUGAACGGGCUUAUAAAGUCUGCUGACGAUGUUAUGGUGCUUAAGGAUCAGGGAAUUAUCUCCAAACCGGAGUCCAUCAAUGAUGAAAAAGUCGCGAAGAUUUUCAGUGAAAUGAACAAGUUGAUAGAGCUAACAAACACCCCAGAUUUAGACAUGGCCAUUGAAGGGGUUACUAACUACUACAACAGUUUGUGGAAGGUGUCAGCGUGUAAAUUCAUGAACAAGUGGCGGCGGACCGUGCGGAAAUGGUGCAAAGUUUUCGCUGUUCUCUUGAUACUGUUGCUAAUGAACAUCCAAACCUUUUGUUCUGUGUUUGAAUGUCCUCGUUUUUCCUUCAAGAUCAACUACACCUCUGAGGCUCAGCAGGGCUUGCGACUACCUUCCUUUAGGUCUUAUAUGUAG